CGGAAAACCCGGCCGUGAGUAUGUAAUACAUAUUCACUUCUCUUUCACGUGUCGGAAACACUCCCCGAGGAAGUGAUCACUCCGACUCCAUUCCUUUCUGACUCCAGGACGCAGAAUGGCGGGCUGUUUGACAAGUGAGUGCGGGAAUUCGACCUCAGUUGAUCGGCCGACCAUUCUUCAAGUAAGAAAUAAUGUCCCAAGGGCCCGUCCACAGUCCCUCCCUUCUUCCACAUCUGUCCCUCACGCCAAGCGAAGAGACAUAUCUAUGAUGUCAUCACCACAGGACCAUUACCUUAAUUCCGCAAAUCCCAUCCCAAGCCCCACCCCCACGCUUCUGCCUCUAUUACCUACAAAGCGGCUUGCGCAGCAAAAGACACGGGGUCCCGCUUUCAUCUGUGGCGAGGAACCGUUCUUUAGAUUCUUGUUGUUUUCCCUCAUCCGAUGCUGUCCUUCUGCGUUGAUCUAUCUCCACAUUGUCCUUCGAGCCGAUUCACUCGAGGCCCAACACUUAAGAAUUAAGCGUUCAAACCUGUCAGCCAGUGUUAGAGCGCCAUUUUUCACUUAUCUGCUUCGUCGGGGUCCAGUGACACCACGAGGUCGUUCGCCUGUGCAUCACCACUCGCUUUGCAAACACGCGACAUUCCACAUGUAUCUAGUGCUGGUACGCAGUUUCCUGCAAGAUCGAAAGGGUCGUUGGUCUCCUCGCCGCGGGAGGUGACUUUACGAUUUUCCACUGGUGUCGCACUCCUGAUCCUCAGCGAGAUCGAAGUUAGUAAUAAUUUAUACCGAGCCAGGAGCGCAAGUUAACAAUAUGCAUUAUGUAGAAGUUCAGGGGAAACAAGGAGGAAUGGGAGAGUUUUGGAAAAUGUGUCGCGGACGCCAUGGUCGAUGUGGUUGCAGGCAUCGAUUUGUGCAAUGCGUCUAAUGAAGAGGUUAAGCUGCGGAUGGAAAGUGUCACGAAGCUAAGCGAGUAAGCGUAUAACCGAAAUUGAUCGAUUGUGCGG